CCUGAAUGUACUCCUGAAGUCACGUACAUUUCAUCGUGCAUUGCUUUUGCGACGCGCUUCUUCUUGGGGUCAGACAGACAGUCCUUGAAGGCUGAAAUAGUACAGCCUCGCGUACUGCGCCGCAAGCAUGUUUAAGUCGCAGCCAUGCCCGCCAAUCAACCAUCUUCGAGAGGAGAAAGACCCAUGCUAUCUCAUCUUGGCUGCAGAAAAUGGAGCCGCCGACGACUUAUCAGGCUUCGUACCUAGCCGCCCGUGCCAGAUCGCCCCAAUAUGUGACAUUGCGCUCAUGGCGUCAAUGAGGGCCUUGCUAAUAGCUUUGUGCGAUAGAGAGAAUUCAGUUUUGACUUCACUCUGGAGACUUUCAGAGGCUUUUAUACCUCUUCAACGGCCUCUGGCAUGUGAAUUAGGAUGAAGAAAUCGUUCCAGAAGUUUUUGAGAAGGCAUGAGAAGCCACAAGCCAAGGCAAUAAAGGACCAGCCGCCGGCCAACCACGCUCAGCCUGCACUACAUACCACAACAAGUCAAAUUGUGCCUCCCACGGGCCAAAAAUUGCAUGAAGACGCUGUCAAUGUUGAAACCAUCGGCGAAAGUCCUGCACUCAAUUCUUCUGGACGAGAGAAAGCCGCAAACGAACAGCACAACGCCCAGGAUAACGAAAGCCCCGAUCUGAUGAAGUCAAAAGCACGACAGAAGACAGCCAACGUUCAGCAGAAGAUUUCAGACAAGGAAGAAUCUAAUUCAACGAGAUCGGUCGAACAGAGCAAGAUCAACCAUACUAACCAGCGAUUCCUGGUGAAUAGAGCCCAUGAGUUGGUCAAGGUUACUCGAGAUGCAAAUAACACACACAAUGAUGGCCGCUUUCCUACAGACAAGUCCGCUAGGAUUGCGCCGGCGGAUCUGUGGGAUGAGGCCUAUGAGAAGGCGUCUGAAGCUGAGCCUGAGCUGACGAGCAGAUACGAGACCAUUCUUUCUGCCAAGAUGAUAGGCACAAUUGAUACGGAAGCUAUCAAAUCUUUCAAAAACCUCAUUGUACGCGAUCCUGACGAGCGUCGCAAGCAAAUGAAGAGCAUAGUCGAGCGAGGUUUGAAAAGGACGGACAAGGACACUAGAAUUAAACACAAGCUUAAUUCUGGCCUCCAUGCUAUUGAGGCUAUCCAAGGUGCAGCUAAGAAAUCUGUUCAGGCAUCGACUGAAGCUGCCAUUGCCUGGGCGUGCGUCUGCAUUGCAAUCGAAGUCAUCAAAAACCCUAUCGGCGAGGCACUGAAAAAUCGACAAGGGCUAGAGUACGUCAUACUGAGAGCCAAAUGGUACGAAAGCCUUGCCAUCAGUCUCUUUGGCGCGGAGGACUCUAUCCUCAACGGAUCGAAUCUUCAAAUUCAAGUCAGACAGCAUGUUGUGGACCUCUAUUCAAAAUUUCUAUUGUAUCAAAUGAAGAGCGUUAUCAGUUACUACCGUCGACGCGUAAAGGCGAUAGUCAACGACUUCCUCCUAUUUGAUGAUUGGGCUGGUCAGAUCCAUGACAUUGAACAAGCUGAAACACUUGUUAAGAAUGAUGUCAAUAUAUAUUAUUCGAUACAAGUGCAGGAUACAUUGACUGCACUUAUGAAAGGAGCUGAUGACGCCGUGUCAGCCGUUCGAAAUCAGACAAGAGAGUAUCAGAAAGACAGACAGACUGACAAAGAUCAGGCCUGCAUACGAGAUUUGUGCGCAGGAUCGCCCUUAUUGGAUAAGGAGCGUAUAGAGUCAAUGAAAGGAGGUUUAGUGAGCGAAUGUUACGAGUGGAUCUUUGAUAACUCCGAAUACCAACGAUGGCUGAAUGAUGAUGGCAUUCAAUCGUUAUGGCUCAGUGGUAAUCCUGGACAAGGCAAGACUAUGCUCCUCUGCGGCAUGAUUGACCGUCUUCGGGUCUUGCCCUACCGCGACUACGUUUUGGCGUAUUUCUUUUGCCAGGCAUCGGAUACAAACGCGAAUAACGCCACUGCUGUCCUAAGAGGGAUUAUCUAUCUCUUGAUUGACGAGGAGCCUUCUCUUCUCAAACAUGUGAGACAGCAAUACGAAAAGACGGGGAAAUCUCUCUUUGAGGGUAACAAUGCCUGGUAUGCUUUGACCGGUAUCUUCAAGUCCAUACUGCAAGACGUAAAGUCUCGCAAAAUAUAUAUACUGGUCGAUGCUCUCGACGAAUGUCGGACCGAUCGAGAUAGACUCCUGAACCUCAUCUCGCAGACAAUGACUGAAAGUCGUAAUCUUAACUGGCUUGUUGCUAGUCGACCUUGGUCCGAAAUCGAAGUUCUGGUUCAACAGAUACCGAAAUUGGCACAUCUGCGGCUCGCACCUAACUCCGAGCACAUGUCAUCAGCCGUCGAUUUCUACAUAAACUACAAGGUGGAAGAAUUGCGUACAUUGCACAAGUAUAGAGAAGACCUUGUAUCUCAGAUUCGGGAGCAUUUGACUUCAAAUGCACAUGGGACUUUCCUUUGGGUGGCUUUGGUCUGCCAGAGUCUUGUCAAUAUGGGCCCCUGGGGUGCCAUUCGGAAGAUCAAGGAAGUUCCAGCCACCUUGACAGAAACUUACGAUUAUAUGAUGGAGUGCAUUGAACAAGGCGAUUCUAUUUAUGUUGAAGCUUGCAAGUCUGUCUUAUCCGUUGCGACGUUUGUUCGGCGGCCAGUCACACUUCUGGAGAUGGGCACGCUUGCUGAAGGCCUGGACGAAGCCGCAAAUGACCGAGUGGCUCUUCUCGAUAUCAUUGGAAGAUGUGGUUCGUUCCUUUCGAUACAGAAUGAGACGCUGUAUUUCGUACAUCAGACGGCGAAGGAUUACAUUCUUGGUCGAGCAGCUGGCACUGAGAUGGGCGAGCACGCCAAGAUAUACUCGAAAUCACUUGAAGUUAUGAAGAAAGUCCUCAAGCGUAACCUAUAUGGAAUCGACGGAGAGGGUCUUCUUUUAGAGGAAAUUGAAGUUCCGGCUCAGAACCCUCUUAGUCCGAUUGCAUAUUCAUGUCUCCACUGGGCAGACCACCUUGCCGCAUUAUUGGAAAAAGAACCUGCCUCUGUUACACAUUUUACGAAUGGAAGUGCUUUGGAUGUAUUCCUAAGGACAAUCUAUCUGUUUUGGAUCGAAGCACUCGUUUUACUGAAGAAUCUAAUGCAAGGGAUCCGAUGCAUGGCGAUCGUGGUUCGCACAGCUGAGACGUUCAAAGGACAGGAUGGGCUCGUCAACCUCGCAAAAGAUGCUCUCAGAUUUAUUCGAUACCAUGCAGUGAGCUUAGAGAAUGCUCCACUACAGAUAUACUCCUCAGGACUCUUAUUAAGUCCGUCUGAAAGCAAAGUACGCAAGCUCUACCAACAAGAGGAACCAGAAUGGGUUAUUACGAAACCACACCUUGGUUUCAAUUGGAGCCCAUACCUACAAACACUUAUCAGACAUAAGGCUGGCAUAACAGCUAUAGCUUUCUCAUCCGAUGGUCGAAGACUAAUCUCAGCUACACAUAAUGGUACCAUCGUGCUAUGGGAUACAUCAAAUGGCGAGCCGUUGUUUACCUUCAGCAAGGACAUGUCGGCUCAGAUACACCCUCAUGACAGAGAGUGUUAUUAUCAACGAAUUUUGUUUUUUGGAGAUCACAAACUGGUCACAGCGUCGUCCGUAUGGAAGAAACACGAUCCACCACGCCGACACGAGAUGUUUACAUUAUACCAUGUAUGGAACGUAUCUGGACCCAACAUUCGCUACUUGCGAACACUUGAUCCGAAACAACACAAUAUAGAGGCAGAAUGUACAGAGGCUUGUGCGCCUUCAGGGUCAUCGCUAGCCUCUUUCUGCUAUGGUGGUACGAUCAAGGUGUGGAAUACAGAUACAGGAACUGUCCAAGCAAUACUGGACGCAACGUUCAUAUCAGUUCUGAGUAGUGAAAAAGGCAGUAAAGAUCGUAGAGACCACCUUCGACUUCGCUUUCGGGAGCAGAACGAGCUUGUGUUGCUCGGGGGGGCAGAUUUUGGCAUACGACUAUGGUACAUCAAUACAGGAUUAUUACAUGAGCCGACGAGACAGCACACAAGCCCACGAAGCCAAAGAUGGUGGUUAUCGGAAGACGCGGAACUGAUUCUUGAUUACGAGGAACACGAGAAAACAGCAAGUAUGGUCUGCGGUACAUUAGCGGUACGCUACUUGAGAUCUGGAGAAGUACGCUCGCCGAUUCAAUCCUCUUCCUGCUGCAGAGCAUUCUUCUCUGCCGAUAGUACCGCCUUAAUGAUCAUUGAGGACCGUCCAUCCAGAAUAUGUAUAUAUGAUACUUCAACAGGGGUGUUGAGGUUCUCGAUGACAGGUGAAGUGUACAUGGCCGCAACAUUCACCAGCGAAGGCAACAUGGUCGCAUAUGGAACACAUAACGGCAUUGUGAAAAUUUGGGAUAUGACGACGAGUCAAGAGAGCGAUGAGUCGUUCCCAGAACAUAUCUACAGAAUGCGCUUCAUUGCUGAAGGCCGAAUUCUCCUUAUCGACGGAGGUAACAUGAUCGCGGUCUACGAUCUGGGUGCAAGUAUGAUUCUCAGACGCUUUGAUGAUCUUCCAGGUUCAUUCAUGUUUGCUAGCUCUAAGUACUCGACACUGUUUGCCAUUGGAUUCACAGACAGUGACGAAAUUGUGGUACGCGUUCAGGAUUCCUUGAAGGACGACCAGUCGUGGGAGACUCGACAGCAGGCCUCCAGGCUGAUGGAUUUAGUGUUAUCACCAAGCGGGGAUUUCCUAGCAAUGUUGUUAGUCGAAAAGGGCAUGACCAGUCCCAAGAUCAUGUUAUGGCACACUAGUGCUGAUACAGCACUCAGCUCGACUCUUGAGCCACGCAGAGUUAUAGAUAUAGAAGGUGGAUCUUCUGCUAUCGAGGACAUGUCCAUAUCCCCCGAUGGACGGUUUCUAGCACUGCACUAUGACAGUCGGGUGAUCAUAUGGUCGCUGCAGUCGAACCAAAUGGUUAAACAAGAGUGGGAUGUUGACGAUAGAGGUUCCCUCAGAGCGCAAACCCGUUUUUCUUUCUUACAGGCAAAUGACCUUGUCAGGACAGGUACCGGGGUAUAUAAGAUUGAGAGCGCGACGGGACAUCAUUGCCUUAAAUUGAGACCUGUAUCGGCGAGUGAGAAAGAGGUAAGUUGUCACUCACGCUUUGGGUUAAUGAAGCAGAAUGACAGAGCCGGGGAUUGGAUAACGCAUAUGGGAAGACGAGUGCUGAGAAUCCAUCCAAACCUUCAAUUGAAUCGAUCCACAAUUGCAAUCUACGAGUCGUGGCUAGCUUUCUACACCAGAAAAGGUGGGCUCAAAAUCAUGCAAUUUGACAUGAGCAAGCUCCCGAAAACAAGAGCAGCGUCUGCUUGAGUCAUUACCGACUAUGAGACGUGAGGAGCAGUGUUAGAGAAACGACAGGCAACGGGUUUUUGUGAGAAUGCUUGAAAGUAGAAAUCGAUGAGGCGGAUGUAUGGUCAGUAGAAUUCUGUGGAGUAUUUGCAUCAACACAAUCCAGUUUACACACAAACAACUCCUACCAGCCAGCCAGACCACCCAGAACCUACGUCUCCAGUCCACCAAACCCCAUCCUACCAUCCAUCCAUCCAUCCAUCCCUCCCACCACCACC